AUGAUUUCGCUUAUUUUUGGUUUAAGCACACGUUUAUUGUCCAGCUGGCAUGUCGAUCCAACAGAUACGAACGAUUAUCUGUGUAAAUGUCGAGCUUUCAUCGUCUUUACAUUUCGCACAAUUGGAAUUUGGUUAAUCAUGUUCGCAACCAUCGAUCGAUGGUUUUUAUCAUCCCGAAAACAUUAUCUGCGCAGUUUAAGUAAUCUGAAGACUGUUCAUCUCGGAAUCGUUCUUUGUUGCUGCAUAGCAAUCAUUUCGUACAUUCAUAUGUUCUUCUGUUACCAAGCAAAUCUCGUACAUACGCCAUUGAAGUGUUACGGGAAGACGAUCUCCUGUCGUUUUACAACCGAUUUAGUUUAUGCAUUGAUAACAAUACUUAUUCCGUCGAUAUUGAUGAUUAGUUUCAGUUUAUUGAUUAUCAAAAACAUUCACCAUCUGCGUACACGCAAGCAACAUCUAGCAGCAGUCUCAGUGGAGAGAUUAUCUCGACCGCGCGAGACGAAAAUUCAACGAGUUGACCAUAAUUUACUUCGAAUGUUACUGAUUCAAGUGUUUCUUCUUGUCAGCUUUUGUUUGCCACAAGCGAUACAAAAAUUCUAUAUUACCUUCAACGCAACAUAUGCACUUCAUGACUGGAAAGAUAAUGUCAGCCGUUUUCUGUAUAAUGUCGAUGUUUUACUGGCUUUUGUUGCUAGUGGAAUGCCGUUUUAUUUGUAUACAUUCACUGGUCGAACUGUUGUCCGUCGAGAGUUUUUCGCUCUAGUAGGAAUUUUAAUCCGCAGAUUUGGCGGUGAAUCGAUUAGAUCGUUAUCUUGA